UAAGUACUCUUGGUCUCCUUUGAAACUGACUUUAUAAUUGUUUGUUUUAAGGCACAAGAAUAUAUUUUUAAGUAUAUAGUUCAAUCUCGGAGGCUCUUCUCCCUUGCCACUGGUGGACAAAAUGAAGAGGAGUUUCGCUGUUGCAUCCAGGAGCUGUUAAUGUCGGUGCGUUUCUUUCUUUCUCAAGAGAGCAAAGGAUCUGGAGCACUGUCUCAAUCACAGGCCGUGUUUCUGAGCUCCUUCCCAGCUGUGUACUCAGAGCUGUUGAAGCUCUUUGAUGUCCGAGAAGUGGCCAACUUAGUCCAGGACACGCUGGGCAGUCUGCCAACCAUUGUGCACGUGGACGAUUCCCUGCAGGCUGUGAAGCUGCAGUGCAUUGGCAAAACUGUGGAAAGCCAGCUUUACACCAACCCAGAUUCCCGGUACAUCCUCCUGCCUGUCGUGUUACAUCACCUGCACAUGCACUUGCAAGAACAGAAGGACCUGAUCAUGUGCGCACGUAUCCUUAGCAACGUAUUUUGCCUCAUCAAGAAAAAUAGCUCAGUAAGUAAAUACGGGUUGCAUGAUGAUGCUCAGAGCUUGGCCAUGCCCUUUGGGCCUGGGCCUGCGGAGAUUGUGGAAGCAGAGGAAGGCCCCAGGAGACUGGAGAAUCUUCGCAACAACCAUAAUUCAGCCCCAACA